CAGCCACCUGUGAAGUAGUCCAGAGGGUGGACAGCGACCAUCGGCUCCAGUACCGGCUGGGCUUCCAGGAGUGCCUCUCGGAAACGGCGCGCUUUCUUGUGGACCUGGAUGGUGCGGGGGACGACAUGUGCCUACGGCUAGUUGCCCACCUGCAGAAGCACUUUGACAAGAUCUCGGGAGCUGGGCCAUGCUUCCCGUCAGGCCUGAUGCUUUCUGAUGAGGAGACGCCAACGGAGCCUGAGCCCCUUCUUGAGCGGCUAAGAAACAACCCGGAUCGCCAACCAAAGCAAGAACCGACAGCUCCGCAUCCAGACAACUCGUGUUCGUCCUCGUCGUCCUGCUCUUCCGUCAGUCAGUUGAGAGAAAUGUUGCAGAAUCCAGGUCUUAGUGUACAAGAGGUCAUGCGGCGCUCUGACUACCUCCUCCCAAAGCCGAUGCCUGCGACUCCAGCCCCAAGUGAAGAGACCUACAAGUUCAAAAAUGACAUCAAGGACCGCUUCCACAAGGAUGCUCAGUGGGGUACCAUUGAACGGAAUUCCACCCCCACUGAAGAGCAGCGGCGUCACUCCCAUACCCAAGGACCACUGGCGCCUUCCCCGAGCCCUACCAGAUUAACUGUAUCGGCACCUCCUCCCGAGGUUCCUCCCGAGCCAGCCGGUAGCCCUGCGCCACCUGGUGUUGCUGCAUUUGCAUUGCACCCACGUGGCGCAUACUACAUUCCCGUGACCCUAGACCCUGCCCUCGUUGGACCUGCCUUUUCGUGCAUGGGCGAUGACCCCAGCCCUCUACACCCAGUCAGCAUAUCUGUGCACUUUGGCCGGCAACGUGUGCUAGGUCCACCCCCGUGGUCGCAGUGUCCGUGGCGCCUCCGCACGAGCGAGCCCAAUGGCUACGCCUGAUGGACACCUCUCACACCUAGGUGAUGCGUUGCGUACAGAGUGCUUAGGAGAAGGAGCACGACUGCCCAGAAAGAUACCCAACAAAUUGGAGGGUGCUUUUUUGGCAGGCCAAACACGUUCGUUAACAUUGAAACAUUAUGCUCCGCCACUGUUUCAAACUAGCCACAGGCUUCACAUCUCUGCUGCAUUUGCAUACAGACACACAGUCAACAGUGUUGGUUGUACAGCUUUAUAAAUGAUUUUGUUUUUUUCAGUUCGGGGCACAAGUUCAUCACUGCACGAGGCAGCCACUGUCCUUGAGAUCUCGACAGGGCAGGAAACAUCCAGUCACUUCCUGCAUAAGCCAUCAACUUCUCAUGUUUGUUCUUUGAGGCAUUUUACCCUCGAAGUUAGUCACAAGGCAUGCACCUCUUCUCGGCAUUCCUUGUUGCCUUGAUCAACACAGUGAGGCAAGCAGUCCCCGCACUCUGUACAAAAUGCAGAAGCUAGUCCAGUUCAUUAGCCCUGUGCCUUCCUGUUCCCACAUUUUAUUUUUUUGUCCCUGGACAGGCAACCAAUUUAACUUAUUGCUCCCUAUUUAUGCUGUUGUUGAGUUUGCCGAGUUUAUUGUUUGCAAGUGCAUGUCCACCAAUAAAGACAGCCCUGUUGGA